CUGACUUUUUCCAAAAGGAGUCAACACGCCCCUUCCCAACUUGCUCUUCACAUUUCUUAUCUGAGUUACACACUGACCGUUCCUACGAUGACAACACAAUGUUAUUAUAGUUGUAUGUAACGGACAACAGAGCUUCGGAUCGACUGACUCUGGGAUUCCUCGUGGUGGAGGAUUUCUUCACCGACACUGAGCUCAACCCUUGUCUGACGGCUGUGGAGGAGAUAGUGGAUCGUGUGGCCACCAGGAUCCACAAGGCUGGGAAACUGCAGGAUUUACACGAAGACAAAGAUGUCUUUCAGAGAUUGACCUACAUAGACAAGCAGUUCCCCGGAGCCGCCAUCUUGGCUCACAAAGACGGCAUUCUGCCCGAUGCCUUCCAGAAUCUGUGGGCAAAUGAGCGGCUUCUGAACCUCAUGGAGCAAAUUCUGGGGCCCAAAGUCUGCGCCAACCCAAUCUGGAACGUCCGGCCCAAGGCCCCAGACCAUCCUGAUGGAGAGAUCCCGUGGCACCAAGACUCUGGCUACUUUGACCCGGCGUCCUACACCUCCCUCCUGCCCGUGGCCUGGAUUCCUCUUCUGGACGUCACGGAGGAGAACGGCUGUCUGCAGAUCAUCGAGGGCGGCCACAAGACGGGCAAGGUGAGUGACCACCUCAACUGUUUCGCCAACACCUGGCACGUCAUGCUGGACGAGAGCAAGAUGGAGGACACGCUGGAGAUCAGCCUGGAGAAAGACGUAAGAACACUGCCCAUCAACAAAGGUUCUCUCAUCCUGUUCAACAAUCUUGUGCCACACAGAAGUGUCCCCAACAAGGGGAAACAAAUCCGCUGGAGCCUGGACCUUCGCUUCCAGCGUCCUGGCGAGGCCGAGGGCCUGUAUGGUGAACUGGCGCCAGUGUUGUUGAGAGACAGAGAUGACCCCUCCAUGACCCCUGACUGGUCACCGUACGUGGCUAACAGGCAUCUGCAGCAGCAUCAGAUGACAGCGGGGGAGGAAGCCACGCCUCUGGACAAACUGGACACGACACUGACCGGUCCGUGGAUGAAACAAUGGCGGCUGGUCCACGGGAACAGACACACCGAGGCGGCUGGCCUUGUGCCGGAGGGGCCCGAGCGCUGAAUGUUGACAUAAUGGCAACAGACGACAAACAGAACUCUGGGACAGAGCUAGAUGCUUCUCGCAGUUUUGAGGUUUCGUUGAGAGCUGUCACAGAAGUAUGGAGCAGGGUUUGGAACCUUAUACUAACCCUACACUUUGUUACUUUGUUUUUGUUUUUCUUUUUUUGAAAAUAGAUAUUAUACUAUCCCCUGAUGAAUGUGAUUUUGCGAAAACAAUCUACAUUGGGAAUCAACAGAACCUCAACCUCCCGCAGUAAUUUUUACGCCAAAAAUUAAAAUUAUACCCCCCCCCCCCCCCAGCCCCUGUUCCUCCCUCCCAAAUAAAAAAAAAAAUUAAACUAAAUUUAAUAAAAUAUAUGUAGGAAUAGAAAUUAAAUCUUAAAAAACCAAAAGCCAAAUAACAACAACAACAACCCAGAAAUAGAGAAUGAACGAAAGAACAAGAACCUGAUUUCUCAACGACUUUGUCUUUGUACCUUCAUCAAUAUUGUUUAUAAUGCUAUUACCGACUAGGGGGGCAACUGAGCUAUUGGUCCAAAAUACGAAUGUCUUUUACAGAAUUAUCUACCCUGUUUUUGGAGACUUCUCAUAAUAUGGGGAAAACACGUACUUUUUGCUUCUUAACAUUCAUAUGUUUUACAUAAUUCUUUAAGAUAUUUUAUAAUUAAAACUUGGUGUCGUUGCAGUUGUAAAGACAAUGUACGUUUUCCCUGUGUGGUCAUUCAGUGAUGAUGUGUAGCCUACUUAUCUUUUCUGUCGAGAGUCGAGAACUGCACUUACAUAAAUCAAGAAAGGCCAGUUGUUGCUGUUGGUGUUGCAGAUAUUGUUGUUGUUGUUGUUGUUGUUGUUGUUGUUGUUGUUGUUGAUGAUGUUUUUGCUGUUGCUUUACCAUCAGCGAAAGUGUCUGCUUGUAGGACGCCGAAUAGCCAAAUUUGCAUACAUAAAUAGAGAUUAUGAACACAUUGAUUUAAUUGUUACACAGGCUUAUAAUUAUAUUUGUGGCAAAUGGAACGAUUCUUUUUCUAUUAAAUCACAAUACUUGACUGCAGUUGAACUGCUUCGUUUGUUUUGCAUUUUGGUUGGAAAUUCGAUCUAUUUCAAGGCUGUCUUGUCUAUCUUAAAGCAAAGCAGCAGCACUCUUCAUACAGGGCUAGGCAAGGAAUCGUGACUUCGUCAUAAUGAGAUCCCAACUACGAAGGACAGGAAAAAAAUAGGUCGAAUGCUAUGUGAGAUUAGAAGAGGGGAGGACCGUGUGUUACUUGAAAUGAGGAACACAACACCAGUUGAAAUAGUUGUGCUAUCAUGACUCACUCCAACUCCCCCUUCUUGAUUUUUUCCCUUCCUCCUCUAAAACC